CUCCAUCCGCACUCCGCCCUCCCGGCCACUGGGCGCACACUCCUGACAGCCACCGGUCCGGAUCAGCUGCUGCUCUGGGCUGCUCUCACGUUCAACUCCAGAUCGGGAGGACACACGCGGUUUCUCGUCUGCCCGCGAUUUGUGCUGACGCGGACAGGCGCCUUCCGGUGAAUGAGAGCUCCCGAAAAAUCAGCAUCGCAAUAUCGAACGCCGCGAGGUCCGUCUGCAGUGAACGCAGCUCAAACGCACCAUCGUAGCAUCGUGUAGCAGCUGAACGCGUCGCCCGUCGCAGGGAUAGCAAAACCCGAUACGCUGAACGCGCCUACGCCGUGGAGAAUAUGGGCCCGAAGGUUCGCUGCUGCCUCACGGUUUUGGCAGUGUGGGCGAUGCUUCUGCUGUGUUUCUCGCUGUGGAUCCAGAAAUGCGGAGCCGACUCUUCGCUGUCGGCGGCGCCCGAAAAACUUCGGACCGAGGACACCAACGGCGAAGAGACGAUGCUGGCGGGAGGCCAUCCACGUGUGGACGAUGGCGGCAACGAGACCGAGAUUGAUGUGGGCCGACGUCUGUGGAAGGACCAGGAGGGACGGCUCAAGGCGGGCAUCGAGUCUUUCUUCAAGAUGCUGUUUCCCAGACUGGUGCGACUGGGAUCGGAGGCCGAGAUCUCGACAGAGUGCCAAGCGGCCUACUUCAAGAUGUUCGUCGCCAUUCGGCAGCUCAAGACGUGGGCUUUGCAGAUGGUGGACUCUUCUGGAAAGAUCCCGAACGGCGUGAUGUCCGGCACGGCGGCCUCUUUCGGACACUUCGACCAGUGCCUGGGAAUCACCGUGGAGGGCGACGCUUUCCGCGGGAAGUUCUGCAACCUCGAGCUCUGGCUCAGGGACUUGCCCAGGCCGAGCGCCAACGCCGCUGACAUUAUCGAGGACCGCGAGUCGGUGUUGACCUUCUUCUACGACAAUGGCUACUGGCUCCAGCUGUUUCCCGCAAGGAUGGGCGUCUGCAUACCGUCCACGUGCAGCGGGGAAGACCUCCAAAAGAUGGCCGCCAAAGCUUCGCAGGAAUUCCAGAUAACGGCGAACGUGACGUCGUGCCAAGUCAAGGAGCCAAUCAACUUUUCCCAGGAGCAGCUUCUCGUCCUUUGCAUCCUCGGCGUUCUCCUGCUCCUCGCCAUUGUCGGUACAGCACUCGACGCACUCUGCACACAAGACGUCAAGCAGACAGCAACUGUUGGCGGCCGACUCGUGGAGGCUCUGGCGAGCUUCUCCCUGGUGCGCAACACGCGGUCGCUGUUCAGCCGUUCGGAGCACGCGACCGGACCGUUGGAGGCCCUCAACGGCAUCCGCGUCAUCUCCUGCUUCUGGAUCGUGCUAGGACACAUCUACUUUCUUACCGACCUCUCCACCUACAUCCGCUUCGCUUCCCUAACCAAGCUGCAAGUUCUGUUCAAAGACUUCUUGUUCACGCUGGUCGAGAACUUCACGCUGCCUGUUGACACCUUCUUUUUCAUCACUGGAUUGCUCCUGACAUACAACCAGACGAAGAAAUCUCAGCAAAUGAAGAGCAGCGCCAGUCUCUGGAACAUGAUCUCCACGGUCUUCCACAGAUACUGGAGGAUGACGCCGGCAUUCGGACUUGCCACUGCGUUGUUCGUGCUGAUGCCGGCGUUUGGGAGUGGGCCCAUGUGGAGGGACGUGCUGGGCCUGGCCACCGAGAACUGCAGGCUCUAUUGGUGGUCCAACCUGCUCUAUUUCAGCAACUACCUGCCGUACAGCAAAAUGUGCAUGCUGCACUCGUGGUUCCUAUCGCUGAAUAUGCAAUACUUCGUCGUCGGUCUUCCUCUGGCUCUGGUGAUGUUCAGGAAGCCGAAAUUGACUCUGCUAGCUCUCAUGGCCCUAGUCAUAGCCAGCUGCCUGAUCACUGGUGCAGUGACCUACAUGAACGAACUACCUCCUGCCAUGCUCAUGAUGACUGCGCGCUGGAGCAAGGCGAAGCAGCUACUGAACAUGGUGUACUACCAGCCCUUCACGCACUUCGGGCCAUUUGCAGUUGGUCUCUGUUUCGGCUACGCUCUGCCCACGGUCAAAGUGCCUCGUUUCCGAAAGGUAACCUUGGCCGCCGGCUGGUUGAUGGCUAUCGUGCUGUGUGGCUCUGCCGUGUUCGUUGCAUACCCGUUCCGGCGGGGGGACACGGCGUUCCAUCCCCUGUUGUCGGCGGUGUACGCGGGCUGCCACCGGACGCUCUGGACUGUAGGCGUUGCCUGGGUGACGGUGCUCUGCGCUACACGGCAAGCAGGUCUGGUGGGUGAAAUGCUGUCGUCUUCUGUCAUGACCCCACUGAGCCGACUCAGCUACCUGGUGUUUCUGCUGCAUCCGGUGCCCAUCUACGUACACGUGGCCUCCGUGCGAGAGUCCUUUCAGCUGGACCACUACUACAUGUGCACGCUGUAUUUUGGCAUCUUGGUGACAUCUAUCCUAAUGGCGUACGUGGCUUACCUGACGGUUGAGGCCCCCUUCGCUGCCCUGGAGAGACUUAUGCGGUCACCGCCGAAAGCGGCCUCUAGCCGCGUGCAGACGCCUAUGACCACACUCACUAUGGAGCCGCCGCCGCAGCAGCAGCAACAGCAGCAGCAACACAAGGCGGCUGAAGGUUGGAGGUCACCACCGCGAAGUGCUCCAGCCGCCACAUCUGCAGCACUGAACGGCGGAAACUCGACACUGACGCUGGCCAUCGCUAAGACACCCGAAUCGAGCCAUCUUUGAGGCUGUUCUUCUGAGGCCUUACCCGACGUGGGAGGAUGUUACCGCUUUCUCGUUAACGAGGCUGUUGUUUAGGAGGGUCGAGGAAACGUGGUCAUCUGAAGUCAGCGAGUGUGUUCUGAAUAGGAAAAAGUUAAUGCAGUCAAAGUGAUGAGCUGGAAUGAUUUUAACACCUACUACCCUUACAUUCAAUAUGGGUAGUUGUCGCACAUCGUGAGACGCAAUGUUUCGCACUCUUGUCGAUGUUUAAAAAAAGGGACUGAUGGGGAUGAAGGCCAAAUGUAUUGGUCGGUAGGACACGCGGGCGUCAAGCGAGUGCGACAGAGUAUUUUAAUGCUAUCUCGUGAUCCUGCAUGCAGUUUUUUUUUUUUUGUGACAAAGCUCUGCCCCUGCUCUCGUUUAGCCACUGACGCCUGGGUCCUUACAAGAAAGCCAAUAAGGAUCGGGUGACAGAGUUGAUAUAAGUGAACAGCGUAAUCUAAAAACAUAACUCACACGUACAGGCAAGUAUUCAGUCCAGAAACUUCACCUUAUUGCUCAACGUAAUACAACCAGCCUUCAAGCAAUAUCAAUGCUAUUGAACGCGUGUUAGUCCCUUUCCUGUAGAAUACAGUCGCAUCAUCUGUAGAAGGACGUU